UCGGCUCGCGCGCCCCCUCUCUCGCUCUCUUUCACAAGCUAUUAUUUGUGCCUUCACACUUGCCGUAUUGCAGUGGAUUCUUUCCCUCACUACAGAACAUCUGUGUGAAUAAUCAGUCAUGUGUGCGUUUGAAACGUCAACUUUCCCCGUGGAUAAUGUCCACGCGCGGCGGCACGCGCGAGUUUUAUUUCAACAAGGUGCUGUCGCUCGCACGUUCACUGGCAGCGCAUCGACCAGCGCCCCGAGAGAAGGUACAGAAUUUAUUAUGCAUGUGUCCAUGCGACAGACACGGCGUAUUCACUCUAGACGUCCGCCGCAGAGAUGCGGUCAUCGUGCUGGCCAUCUUCCUGGUCAAGUCAGAUUUACAGGCACUGCUCUCUCGCUGUGAUGAACGCACUGGUAAAUAUUGCAGCUAACAUGCAGUGGGAGCCACUGGUGGACGAGCUGUUGGUGAAUCUACUGGAGCUGUUUGUUCAGCUCGGACUGGAGGGCAAGAGAGCUAGUGAUGAAGGUCCUGCACUGAAGUUGACCCGUCGGUUGCCUCCCGUUAAAGAAGACAAACCUCGUCUACAGAAGCUCUUCAAAAACUUCUGGCUCUGUUCUGUGGUCAUGGCUUUUGCUGUUGAAGGUUCUGAUUUUGGCUUCAUGUUUGAGAGUUCUCCAGGUGGGAAUCUGGGCUGGGAGCCGGACAUCAAACUAACGGAUGAGAUGGUGAUUAUGGCUGGGAAGAUGGAGGCCACGCCCUUCAAAUGGUUCAUGGAGAUGUGUGUGCGCGGAUACCUGGCCGUCAGGCCGUACAUGGAUGCUGUGGUUGCUUUGGUAACAUUGAUGUUGGACACAGGACUACCCUGCUUCCGUGGUCAGACCAUCAAACCUCUUAAGCAGCGAUUCAAUCCUGGAGUCAGUGAGAAAGAAGCUGUGGCUUUUAUCAUCAAAGUCAUUCAGAGCUGCUUCCUGAGCAGCAGGAGCAAAAAGUAUGACAUGAUCCAGUACUAUCAAAACCAGAUCCCAUACUGAGGUCAUGCAUGUGCACACAUCUUACAGUCUCUUUGUGCACUUUAUAAGCCUGAAAUGCAUUCAUUUAUAUGCAAUAUCAGCACUUAUAAGUCUUUAGCCUUUCUAUUGCAUGAUGGCUUGAGUUCGAUUUCAAACUGUGAAGAUUACAAAUUUAAAAUGCCAGUGUUAUUUGCCAACUGAUUUGAAUUUAUUGUGGGUUUGUAAAUGAUUUCCAGACACACAUAGUACAUAUUAUUAACAAUAUGAUGUUCAUAGAGACCAAUAUAAUAUUUCAGAGGUCAGGGGUGAUGUUUUAGAAAUAUUAAAAUGACAAUCUCACACAUUAAUGCACACAACUUAGAAAAUAAUCUUGUUUAAUCAGCACUUAAUUUAUUUUAUAUAUUGUCCGGGAAGGAUUUUUGGGUUUGAGAGAUUAAUAUUUGGUAUUGAGUGGAUAUUGAUUCCUAUGUGCUUCAUUUUCUGUAUUUACAGUUUUGAAUCUGAGCGUUAAUAUUUAAAUGAUCUUUGGGUCACUUGACCUCUGACUAGUCGCUGCAUGUUUUCACAGUAUGUGCCUCUUUAUUGAUCCAUCGAUUGUGCCGUAUUAAAGAAAUAUUCCAGGUUCAAUACAAGUUGAGGUCAAUCGGCAGCAUUUGUGGCAUAAUGUUGAUCGCCACAAAAAUUUGUUUCGACUUGUCCCUCCUUUUCUUUAAAAAAAGCAAAAAAUCUUACAGUUAGGUUACAGUGAGACACUUACAAUGGAAGUCAAUGGGGUUUAAAAGCAGAAAUGUGAAGCAUAUAAUUUUAUAAAAGCAAUUACAUUAAUUCUUCUGUUAAAACUCGUGUAUUACUUGAGCUGUAAUGUUGUUUAAAUAAUUGUGUUUACAGUCAAUUUAGGGUUAAUGGCAUUCUGUUUUCAUGGCGACAAAGUUGUACAAUUUUACACGUGAUUUUAUCACACUAAAAAUGUUUACACGCAUAGUUUACGUUUUGUGACUAUACUUUUGAAACGGUGAGAACUGGCCCCAUUCACUUCCAUUGUGUCUCACUGUAACCCAGAUUUUUGCUUUUUUUAAGAAAAGGAGGGACGAGUUGAAACUUCAUUUUUGUGGGAAUCAACAUUAUGCCACAAAUGCUGUAAAAUGAUCUUAACUUGUAUUGAACCCGGAAUAUUCCUUUAAUCUUUGCCCGCUCGUUUGUAGGUUACUGUUGCAUCAGUUUUUGUCCCUCUUUCUGUUCUCCGUAAUACUGAAUUAAAUAAAUAUGCCUGUACACAUUUUCAAUGCUUAUUUACUUGCUUCUAAGCAAUAGGGGGGAAGAUCAUAAUAAUAAGGAUCAUAAGGCUCCCUUCUAAGAGGAGUAGACAUUUGGAUUUGUGUUUUCCCAGCCAGCAUUACACAGGUGAUAGUAUCACAAAACUACACCACUGACACCUUUAUGGAGUUAUUAUGUGGGAAAGGAAUUUUCAAUAAAAAUAAUGCAGCUGUUGCGCCAGCACAGAGACUAUUUAGCCCCAAGAUGGAGCACUUGUAUUAAAAUGAAUGGGAGAAAUUGAAACACCAAAUAUGGCGGAUGUAGAAAAGGAAGUCCCGCCUUACAGGUAAAAGAGCCAAUCAGCUUUUAGAUACAGACAUCGCCUGUCAAUCAAGUCGCUAAUGCGCAUGCGCAUUCGAUUCAUUGUAAUUGAAUAAAAGUUUAGUUAUGUUGAAAAGUUAUAUUUUCACUUGUUAAAUGUUUUAGAAAAUUAAUUGAUUAGACACCAAUUUGAUGUGGAAAUUAAACUAAACUAAAACAUGGAGUUCUGAAAAAUAAUAACAAAGGAAAACAUGAUUUGGUGAAUAAUAAAACGGAUUUCAGUCGGGCGCUACUUAAAAACACUUAAGCAAUGCAUCCUUGUUUGAGAAACACUUGAAGGAAAUGUAUUAUUUACAUUGACAUGUCACUUUUUAAAUAGGCUAAUCGGAUGUGUUCAGUAGCACUUCAUAUUAGCAUAUUUAUGCUGUUGUACCGAAAUUUCACUGGAAUCGAGAACCUUGAUAUUUCACUGGUAUCGAUCGGUAGCAACUACUGACAUUUUGGUACCGUGACAACACUAUAACCGUCCAUACUUACUGUCUAAAAGGAAUAAUGUCAAACAUGAAUAAUAACUCGUGUAAGUGUAUUUUUAGCGUUCAUGUUUUGUGUGAUUUGUCAGCAGUGUUAUAUCAUGUGUCUGGUAAGUGUGAUC